AUGUCGCCGUGCCUGCUUCACCAUGAUGUGGAGCACACGGUGGACAUCGUCAGCAACGACGAUGAAACUGCCAGGUUGGUCUUUUGCCUGAAGGACUCCGUAAAUCGAUAAGCCCGCAAAGCUGGAAACAAUCUGUAUCCAGACAGCGCAGCAGUCAGACCUGCCAACUUCUCGAAGUCCUCGAUUUUCCCUUUGAACACUCCUUCGUUUGAAAUGACGUGAUUUGUCGGGUGUCAAACUUGGCUCUCCUCUGAAGUCACUUCAUUUUCUACGCUGAAAGUGAGAACAGGUUUUCGUUUUGAGGUAGACGGGAAUAUUUACCGAAAAAAGUCCCCAAAUACCAUUGCCCAACAGAGGUGAAAAGUGCAGAUUUCAGUACUUUCGACGUGAUCAGUUAUCGCGCGGACUGAGUUUUCUCCAAGGAAGUUGCACCUGGCGCUGGGUUAAGAACCUCAACAGCGAGACGUGCUUCCGUCCCUGCCUGCUGGACUGCGUCUACGUUCUCUCGCCUCGGCAAAGACUGCCCCAUAAUUCCGUCUUCCCCGACUUUUGAUUUGGGAACCAUCAAGUUGUCCGCCUAUCGCACUACGACAGGUUGUCAUCUUUGGGUAAGCGAGCAACGUCGGACCUAUCUCCUGACCAUCUUCUGCAGUUGGAUAUUUGACCUUACUGCAAACCUCUAAGAGACAACUACAUCACCGGCAUUCCGGUUUUAAACCCUUGUGACGCCGACUUACACCAUACGCGAGGAUUAAUGGUGGAGGGGCGCUUACUGAUCGUGUUACGGAACUCGCUCGUCCCCUUAUGCCAUGCGACGUUGGACUUUUAACCAGCAGGUCGCGGGAGCGAGCCCCAGGUGUUCCACACCUCCGGGUUGGGUAUGGCUGGCUGACUACGGCCAAUAAGCCAGAAAUGGCUAUCCCAGUCUCCCUUGUCUUUGUCGGUAAUGUUGCCCUCCCCUGAGGAUUAGUUUAAAUUACCUACCAACCGAAGACGGCUCUGACGUUGCCUGCAACGCUGCGCUCUGACUUUAAAUUUGACGGGUCGUUUGGAACUUAUUAUUCUCUGAAGUACUUCCAGCAAAGAAAUUUCCGUGUGUGGGAGAGAGGACAGAGUGAUUGGCAAGCGGUGCAAUGUUAAAGUUAUUCUUGGGGUUAGUGAUUUUCAGAUCUGGAAUCUCUUCUAUCCCCUGGAAUGCACUCUCUGGCAUACUUCACUCCGGUUUGCGUAAACAUAAAAAUCAUCAAACCAAGCAAGCCGAAUUGAAAUGUUCCGCCACCUGUACCUAGUGAUAAAGAACAUUUUAUCUUUCAUUUGCACUAGGUUGAUAUGUAUCACCAGAACUUAACCAACCCCAUACUCAUAUUGAAACAGUUGAGAGAUCCGAGUUGAUGAUUUGAAGGAAAUGAUGGACUCGCCGGAACGGGUUUAUUUAGGUGCUGGCGUUUCAAAGAGCUUGAUCGGCUUCCCAUUGUCGAAGGGUAAAGUGCACUUAAUCAACCAGAAAUUUCAACUGGCAUGUCGCGUUAGCUGGCCUCAUGCUGAUCGAUUUUUCUCUUCUCUCGCUGCUCCCCGCCUCUCGGGGGGCGGUUGGCGGACGUUUUGUCUGUGUGCUUUGCACGCCACCGCUUCGCCGGAGGGAAGGUGGUUGAACCUUCGUCGAGUGGCUGGUCUGGUGGUUCUUCUUCCUCGCCGAGUAGACUCACCUUCGGCCCGUCUGUGUAUGGCCUUCUUAAGUCCAGUGUACUAACUUGGUCGUGAGCUUUACGAACGAGAUGACGUAGGACCUCGUAGGCUGCAGGAAGGUCCAAAUGCCUGUUGAUGGAGUCAGCAUACCCCAUACUGCUUAAUUUAACAGUGCGCAAGUUUAUCUCUUAAAACGACUAGUUUGACUUCUGUAUGAUAAGACCGCAAGGCGGACAACUGUUUUUUAUAUAUUAUUGCGAAAUGAAUAUUUUGAUUCCUACUACGGCUGUGGCUGUCUCAUGCUUAUGUUUGUCCUCAUAAGCGGCAGUGUUCGAUCUCGCGCCCCUCACCGAACCUCUGGAUUGCUUCGACAAAGCCCGCUAACGGCUUGACUCAAAUGCUGUUGCCUAACGCCCCCUGUACACGAAGGCUGAUCCUACUAUGGUCGAAGCACCUAUUCUGUCGGGCUUGCAUGACAAACCUAUCAUUCUUUACUGCCCCGUAAUUGCUGCGUAUUGCGUAAUUUUAGAAGCUGAUAUGCCCCCUGAUCACUGACCAUAAAAACUUGGCGGGACUCUUUUCAUCAGACAAAAAGGUACGACUGACGACACGUCCAGUUCCUGCAUGUGAGAAUACUUUUCUGCGUUUCUGUGACUUCCUGACUUCUGAUCGGACACCGCUUGUCCACAUAACGAUCCCGGUUAAAUCCGAGAUUGUUUAAACUGCCGCGAAGCUAGGGCGGGCCUUCGCGCUGCUAGGGUUUUAUGAUUAAUUUGACUGGAGAAUUUGGCCUCUUGUAGAUUUGUGCGCACUUGGCCCAACACGGAAGCAGGUGCCGUUUGAACUGCGGCCUUUCCAAACUCGAAUAAAAGUCCGCCAAAAGGCCGAGCAGAAAUGCACAACUGACACGAUGCAGUUUGUGCGGCAAUAAAUUCCCGGUCAUUGAACUUGUAAAAUUCACAGAAUCUGCACAAGUACAAAGUACUUUGACCGAUGAUCAUUGCCUGUACAUUCUGUGGCCAGGCAGGAUAGAUCAAUAAAAGUGCAUUUCUUAAAGUCACGCAUGUGUAACGCUCACGCUAAAGAACUAGGAUUGUGAACGACUCGUAAUCACUGAAUUCGAUCAAACAUAUAGGGCCGAUUUGCGUAUUUAUAUCAGGGCGCGGUUUUACAGCAUUCUCGGAAUUCUCUGAAACGAUGAACACUGUACUUCGAGCGACUACUAAUACUUGUCUUUUGAACGAAUAGCUCCGAUUACGAGAAACGAAUCGCGCAAUGACACUCCAAUAAAUUUCGGUGAGUAGGUGCAUAACGUUCUUGCUCAAUGCUUCUUAGCCGAGCAAAAGCACUCGAGACCGUCCUGCAGACUGAAAUGAUAAGGAUAACAACUACCCCAUUGGAUUUUUGUCAUUGGCUUCCUUAAAGCGCGCGUGGAGGCGCUAAUGGACAAGUGAGUAUCAUCGGUGGUGGUGGUGGUGGUGGUGGUGGUGGUGGUGGUGGUGGUGACGGCGGCGGCGGCGGCGGCGGCGGCGGCGGCGGCGGCUGUGACGGCAGCAGCGGUGGCGAUGGUGACGGCGAUGGUGAUGGUAUUGGCAGCAGCAGUAGUGGCAGGGGUUUUGGCAAAGAACCAUGUACAUUCAUAAGGUUGCAGUUUAUCUCACCUGUUUGCGCUAUUAGCCUUCAGUAUCCCAGCAAAACUUUCAGGCUACACCCUCUGA